AUGUGGAGCAAGACUGGGUUUAUGGGAAUUAAGCUAGACAUGAGUAAGGCUUACGACAAGGUGGAAUUGGUGUUUUUGGAAGCUGUGAUGAAAAAAAUGGAGUUUCCUGAUAAAUGGAUAAGACUAAUUAUGGAGUGUGUAAGUAUAGUCUCAUAUUCCAUCUUGAUAAAUGGUAAACCUGUGGGGAACAUUCAACCAUCAAGGGGUCUUCAUCAGGGCGACCUGCUAUCCCCUUAUCUUUUCUUGAUUUAUGCAAAGGUCCUCAGUUCUUUACUCACUCAGGCGAAGAAGAAGGGGGUUAUCACUAGUGUACCUUCUUCUAAGAAUGGUCCUUGGCUAAGCCAUCUUUUCUUUGCAGAUGAUAGCUUGUUAUGCUGUAAGGAAAGCCUGGUCAAGUGGAGACGUAUUACUAAGAUUUUGGAAAAAUAUGAAGCGGCUUCUGGUCAAUCUUUGAAUAAAAAUAAGACGUCUAUUUUUUUUAGCCGGAAUACCAGUUUGGAGAGGAGGAAUGAAAUUAUCCAGUUGUCAGGACUCCAAGCAGCACAUAGCUUUGAUAAAUAUUUGGGACUUCCAACUCUUGUGGGGAAAUCUAGAUACCAGUCCUUUAAGACUAUCAAGGACAAGGUGUGGAGCUGCCUAAAUAAUUGGAAGCUUAAUUUUUUAUCCCAGGCUGGCAAGGAGGUUCUCCUUAAGGCGGUGGUACAGGCGAUUCUCACGUAUUGUAUGAGCGUGUUUCAGCUUCCAGUUGUGCUAUGUAGAGAGAUAAAUAGGAUGAUGAAGCGAUUCUGGUGA